UAAUUUUAAUAAAUAUUAACAUUGUUUUUAUAAAUAAACUCUUUUGAAACUCUAAUAGAUUCAUCAUUGCACGUGGUAACUGCUAAGCUCAUGCGCGUUAGAUGCAAAAACUUAAAGCAAUAUUUCUGAUGAAAUUUUCCAGUCUGCGUCGCACAUUUACUUGCAUUUCGAGCCAUACGUCAGUGUAAUUAAAUUUAUUAAACUAUUUAAUAUAUAAAUAUACAAAUAUGUUGGUUAGAAAAUUAGACAGUUGCUGUUGUUGUCUAGAUUUAAAAACAGGAGUUUUGAUCAUCGGGAUUAUAAGUAUUGUAUUUGAUAUCGGAGCUUUGAUCCAAGCACCAAUAACUUAUUCUCAAGCAUGUUCUGGAUUUAGAACACCAGAAAAUAAUCGUGAAUGCGCUGGAGCAAAUAUGCGAUUGGGCAUUUCGAUAAGCAGUGCAGUUUUUGGGUGCAUUAUAAUGGCUCUAAUGAUCUAUGGAUCCCAUACGGAAAAUUACAAAAUAUUGCUGCCAAUAGCAAUUCUCCAAGCAGUUGGAAUAGUAAUUGGCACUUGUAUCAUCUGGUAUUUAUCGAUUAUUUUAUUGGCAUUUUCUUUGGGUCAUGGAAUUUUGAUGCUAGUUAUUGGCAAUAUUGCGAUUGCUGUGUCUAUAUAUCUGUGGCUGGUUAUUUCUAGCCGAUGUCAAGAAAUUAAGGACGCGAGUUACAAGUCACCGAUAAUUGCAUAAUUUAUUAUUUAUUUAUUAUUUUUAAUAUUUUAUUGUUUUUUUUUUCUAUUGUAUACAUAACUAAGUCGACUUUUUUAUCAUUUGUUUUAUACUUUAUACAUAUUUCUGAUGAAAAAUACCGAAUACGACAAUAUUUUACAAGUUUUGUUGUAAGAGGAUUCUAAUGAUUGAUUUUACUUAAUAAUUCAUAAUUUAUAAGUGAUAAUCAUGAUUAUUAUGAUGAAUAAUUGUAUAUUUUGUAUGCGUUAACUUAAUAAAUUUUUUUAAGCGGCCUUAAAUGAAAGCUCUGUCCAUACAGUACUACCUUAGUAAGUUACGACGAUUUAGGACCGUCGUAAUAGUUUAAGGGGCAAUAAAAGUAUUAGUCUCGAUUGUCCUGGAGCUAGGAAGGGUGUGUAGGUGUGAGGGAUCGUUAGUGUCUGUAAAUCCAGGCAAAAAAAUUUAUCAGUAACAUUUAAUUUUUCAUUUCUCGAAAUCAAUAUAAAUAAUUAUUAUUUAAUUUUACUUGCAAUAAUGAGUCAAAUGAAUUUUUUCUUAAAUAAAUAAAUUUUUAACGAUUGUUUUAUUAGAAAAAAAAAUAAUGAUUAAGUAAAUAAUAUUAGAAAUUUUAAAUAUUCAUUUGUUUUAUGAUUAAUAUUAAAUCUGAUAUUAAUUUAAAACUUAAGUAACGGCUGGAUGGGUUAUCUUAAAGUCUAAUAAACUAAAUUAACUCAAAAUUUAUCGAUUUUAUAUUUUUUACAAUUUUUGCAUGUCCACAUUACCCCUCAAAAUCUCAUGAAAUGAUCAGCUACUUUAUAAAAUACAAUAAACAUACUCUCACACACACACUAUGAAACUGAAAUGUAAUAUGAGGGUCUCAGGUAGUUCGAAAAUUUUUUUUGGUGGUUUAGGGUUAAGCACGGGUUGUAAAAAUGAGAAAAUUCGUAAUAGUGUAAGGUCGUAACUUACUAAGGUAGUACUGUACUUGUAAUUGUUACUAUUGAAAAAACUUAAUAUAUGCCAAAAAUAUAUGUAUAUGAAAAUAUAUAUGUGGAGGAGGCGAUUCGCUCAUAAUAAUUAAAUUAAAGUGAUAAAUAUUUAGAAAAAUUUAAAAUACCGUUGGAAUUGAAUAUUCAGAUAUUGUAUUGUUAGUUAUUGAUAUAAAAUUAUAUAUUUAGUGAACUAUAUGACAAGAAUUUUAAAUUAACUUGAAGAUUGAACUUUGACCUGAAAGCUGGAGACUUAUGAUGAUUUUGGAGCUGUGAUAAUUUGGAGGAAUAUAUUAGAGUUCAAAAUAUUUAUAAAUUUUGAAUUUGGAAAGUAAUUAUUCAAUGUAUGUUUACUCGUAAUUAUUGACUAAGCUAUCAGUGUUAUCGUAUAAGAGUAUCAGAUACUUUUUGUAGGAAAUUUAACUCUCUAUAAAAAAGGUCCUGAGCACCUCAUCUCUAGAAUUGAUAUUUCGAAAGAUACAGAGAUAAUAACAGGACAUUAUUGCUGGACAAAAAUACAGAAUGUUAAGAUUCAAUUUUCCUUUUUGAGCUGUAACUUUUGGAUUAUUUUUUGGAUUUUAUUUCAGACCGCGGGUUGUAGUUUAAGCUACUUGAUAAGUACUGAAAAGCUUUAUGGUAAUUUUGGAGUUAUGAUUAUGGAAAGAAAAAGGUUAUUUGCUGGGAAAUUCAAUAAAACUCGAACGAAAGCGGAGUAAUUUUUAAAAAAGGUUUGAAGCUUGAAUAAGUAACCGGAAAUAAAAUUAUCGAAAUUGAGCUACAAAUUUUUACUCAAGCCAAAGACAAUUUAGUUUCUCUUAAAAUCGCUCUAGACGUCAUAUGAAAAUAAUUGAAAAAAAUUUUAGCUUCCAAAUAAUUACCGGCUCCGAAAAUUAAUAUCUCGAGCUUCAAAUCGUUUUCUUUUUGUUUAAAUCCAACUAUUUUGACUAAAGUUACAGCUUUUUAAAUUUAAAUAUUUUUCAAAAACGAUAACAAACUACGAAAUAACUUAUUUGGUCAAUAAAUCAGCUUGUAAGAUAAAAACAAGUACCGUUUGCCUGUAAUUUAAAGCCUUUAAUGCG